AUGUAGCCAUCCAGCCGGAGAGGGGUGUGUUAUCUGCUGAUUUUUACAACACCGCUUUCAAUUAAGAUUAAUAAGUGACACUCGAUAAUACACGUAACGUACAUUAAGGCAUUUUCGCUUAUUUAUUUGAUCUAUUAUGCGCACUUUUUUGCUGUGCUUUGAGCGCUAAGGACGAGGACAUGCUAAUAUUAGCUUUGUAGCUACCUAGCUAACAAGCUAGCGUUAGCUAAGUUAGUGACAAGUGUUGUUGCUAAUGACUUGUGUGUGAAAUGCUGACCUUGUAGGCACAGCCAGCUGAAAAUGUGCUCUGUCGGAGCUAUGGCAUCAACCAGGCUUCUGCGUUUGUUUAACGCUAAAGCAGCAAACUCUAGCAAAACAUUAGCCAGAGCAGGGUGGAGUGUGUGCUUCAGGAGAAAUGUCUGCAGCUCACCUUCAAGACUGCAGAGCUGUAUGUCAGCCUGGGUCAUCGAUCACUAUGGUACCAAUGAGGUUUUGAAGUACACAGAGGAAAUCCCCAUCCCCACUGUCAAUUCUCCCAGUGAGGUGAUGAUUAAAGUCCAUGCGGCUAGUCUCAACCCUCUUGAUGUAUCUAUGAGGGGUGGUUAUGGAGCUAAAUUGCUCAAAUUAAGAAGGGAUCCACUGUCUGUUAUGGGCACUGACAAUGAUAGCGAGUUUCCUGUGAUUCUGGGUCGUGAUGUGGCUGGUGUAGUGGUGGACUGUGGAUCUGAGGUCACCCAUGUUGUUCCAGGAGAUGAGGUGUGGGCCGCCGUUCCUCCAUGGAAACAAGGCAGUCUGGCAGAAUAUGUGACUCUCACAGAGUACGAGGUUUCCCAUAAGCCAAAAUUAUUGAGUCACACAGAGGCAGCAUCCAUCCCCUAUGUAGCCAACACUGCUCUGUCGGCGCUUGUCAAUGCAGGUGGUCUUUGCAGAGACAGCUCUUCAGAUAAAAGGGUUUUGAUCACUGGCGGAUCGGGAGGUGUUGGAACAUUCUCUAUUCAGUUAUUAAAGGCCUGGGGUGCCCACGUAACUGUUACCUGCUCUCAGAACGCUGAAGGCCUUGUUAGAGGGCUGGGGGCUGAUGAGGUGGUGGACUACACAGCGGGAGAUGCACCCGAACAGCUGCAAAUGAUGGAGAAGUUUGACGUGAUUUUGGACAGCGUGGGAGGGGAAACGGAGGAGUGGGCGAUGAGCCUGCUGAAGCCCUGGGCUGGGGCAAAGUACGUCACACUGGUAACACCUUUACUCCUCAACACAGAUUCCAUGGGCCUGCUGGACGGGACAUUUCAUGCUGGAUUCACCCUGCACAGCAAGGCCUUACAGAACAUCAUAUCGAGUGGAGUCUUCUAUCGGUGGGGGUUUUAUGCUCCAGAUGGGCCUGCCCUGGAUGAGGUCAGCAGGCUGGUGGAUGCAGGGAAGAUCCUGCCAGUAGUGGAGGCCCAGUUUCCGUUUACCCAGGUACCCCAGGCUUUUCAGAAGUUGGAGCAGGGCCACGCCAGAGGGAAGACAGUCGUCAGGGUGACUGAGGAGGACGACAGACAGGCCGAGGAGCUGGUGCAGAACAGCCGCACAGAGACCGCAGAGUCCGAGCAAGAAGUGCGAGAAACAGCCAAGCAAAACUAAAGACAGUAAGCGGAGUGCCGAGGGAUUUCAGGUUGUGUGAUGCUUCUCACCUUUUCGAGGCUGCUCUGACAGCAGCAGACUGUAUAAUUGAAAGAGAGCAGAGGUGCUGCUGUUGUGCGCCAGACUUCAAGCGAGACCUGAGCUCGUAAUGGGAGCGUGCCAAGCACUGUGGAUCUUGUUAAAUCUUACACCUUCCUGCACUGUCUUGAAGUUUUCACAAGGUGUUUGAGUUAUGCUGCGUUGCUAUCACGGUGAAGUUACUGUAAUUACCAGCCGUGGACUAAUAAAUACCAUUCAGGGCAGCAUCCAGCUGGUAAAACCAGACUCUCGGUAGCUUCCUGAUUGCUGCAGUCACAAAGGAGUUAAAUAAUAAAACAUGUUGGUUACAAACAGUCAGCUGGGAAGUGUUCAUCAAUAGUUGUGUUUAUCUUCCAGUACCAGGUGAGGUACAAGCAGCACGAUAAGACAUUUGUUUUUACCUUUAUUUCUUUUUUUUUUUUUUUUUUUUUGCGUUCGUCCAAGUGGAGUUGUUUUGACAAAUGCACUCAUGUUGCAUCUCCUCUCUUUCAGGUCAGGUGUGUAGGAUUUAGGGGGAUGUAC